CCACUCACUCACUCACUCACUCACUCACUCACUCCCCUAACGCUCCCCGUGUCUUGUCACUGUAACUCUCUUUCACUUCAGGGCCCUACCUUAGUCCAAUUGCUUUGCGAAUCUCGUCCAUCCCGUCAUUUACUCUCCCUCACGCACACACGCUUGACUUGGCUCUUUGCCGGACUCCGAUCUUCUCCUCCCGUCCUCUCUUCUUCGUCACCUCUUUCGUACCCUUCACAGGCCCUCUCUUCUCCUCGGCUUCGCUUCAUACUCUGCUCUGCUGGGUCUUUCAUUUCCCCUGGACUUCCUUUUUCGCGAUACCUGCCAGCUGAGAGAGAGUCAUCUACCGACGACCAGCGCCACGCGUACCUUGUUCCACUCGUCUAGACUCGACUCGACUCUCGAUCCGACCACCCACGCAACGUGCCUGCGCUAGAAUACCUGCUUUUUUACCACUCACUUCAACCCCGUGGUAAAACGUAUUCAAUACCGGCUACCCCCGUUCUCGUUCUUCCGCGAGCCUUGUUCCGUCGCGCCAUCUCGUCACUCUUUCGUUUCUUGCCAACCGCUACAAUCAUCGCCUCAAUAACACCAUCACGACCACUUCGAGUUCCUUAACACGAUUUGAAUUCACGCAUCGACGUUUUGUCGCUUGACCAUCAUCAUCGCCUCAGUCAAUUCUUCCGUUUCGCGCAAUCGACUAAAGACGCAUAAAGAGCGACCCCAGGUCGAGGGACUUUGGUACGGCUAUUGAGAUUGGUGGAAUUCAAGAUCCAUUGCCUAAAGGAGGCCUUUGGCCAUGGCCGACAACGAAAAGAGGGUUUCCACUGGAGUGGCUCAAGAGAUCCCUCUUGACCCAUUGCCUCCGGCUCAGCUCCAGUACCACCAGCACAAUGUCGCCAGCGAUUCAUCAUCCGAGUUUGACGAGUCUUUCUCCUACGAUCAGGAUGACAUGCCCGACUUCCAAACCACCGAGCAGGACCUUCACGUCACCGAAGAUGACCUACUCGAGGCUCGCGAACUGGCCUCAAAGUACACACUAGAAGAUGUGCGCCACAUAAUGGCUCGCGUCUAUCGCAUCCACGAGAAGGAUCCCAACUUCCCACUCGUAGUUAUCCAGAAGAUCAAGGCCUUCCUCGAGAACGAUGAACUCUUUACAAAUCCCGAGAAGCACGAGAGCCUAGUGCAGGAAAUGAAACUCGAGGCUGCUCUGAUCACAAAUAACAGCCCUUACGCCGAAGUUCGUGCCGUCGUCGAGAACAAGGAUGAUACUUCCAUCCCUUCAUCAACCAUUCGAAGUUGGACAAUCGGUCUCGUCUUUUCAAUGCUUCUUGCUUUCACCAACCAGCUUUUCGAUAUUCGACAGCCUGCUAUUCGCAUCAUGGCCAAUGUCGCUCAGCUGCUCUCAUAUCCAAUUGGUAAAGGUUUCGAAAGGUGGCUUCCUGACUAUGGCAUCACUCUCUUCGGUGUGCGCCAUUCCCUCAACCCAGGUCCCUUCUCCAAGAAGGAGCAUAUGCUCAUCACCAUCAUGGCCAACGUUGCGUAUAACACUCCCUAUACCAACUUGAUCAUCUGGGUCCAGUAUCUGCCCCAGUACUUCAACCAGCCAUAUGCCUCCCACUUCGCCUACCAGAUUUUGAUCGCGCUGAGCACCAACUUCAUCGGCUAUGGAAUGGCUGGUGUUUGCCGUCGCUUUCUCGUUUAUCCCUCGUACUGUGUUUGGCCUGCGUCUUUGGUUACUAUUGCGCUCAACUCAGCUUUCCAUACCGACAACAACUCCCCGGUGCAGGGUCCCUUUGGCAAGAUCUGGCGCGUUUCUCGUAUCAAGUUCUUUUAUGUCAUGUUCGGCGCCAUGUUCGUCUGGUUCUGGUUCCCUAACUACAUCUGGACCUCGCUCUCCAACUUCAGCUGGAUGUCCUGGAUUGAUCCCUACAACCGCGACCUCAACACCAUCACCGGUUUCAACAAUGGUCUUGGCAUCAACCCAUUCCCAACCUGGGAUUGGAACGUUCUCCUCUGGGAUUCUGCUGACCCGCUCAUGGUUCCUUUCUUCAGUACUUUCAACCGAUUUAUUGGCGCUUUCAUCUCCAUGUGGGUGGUUCUCGGCCUCUGGUACUCCAACAUCUACAACACUGGAUACCUUCCCAUCAACACCAACCGUGUCUACGACCGAUGGGGCGAGCUGUACAACGUCACUCGAGCCAUCAACGACCGAGGACUCUUCGAUGCUAAGAAAUACGCCGACUACUCUCCUCCUUUCUUGGGCGCUGGAAACGUUGUCAUCUAUAUUUUCUUCUUCGGCAUCUACACUUCGACCCUUACCUAUGCUCUUCUGUUCCAUCGACGCGAAAUUGUUACUGGCUUCAAGGGUCUUUUCAACAGCAUGAGGAGGAAGUCAAACCGCACUGAGGAAGUUCACGAUCUCGACGUUCACACUCGUCUCAUGAAGGCUUACCGUGAAGUUCCUGAGUGGUGGUAUAUGGUUUGCCUCGUUUGCGCUAUUGCAUUUGGCAUUUCUGGUAUUGCUGGUUGGGACACCCACACUUCGCCCGGUGUCAUUUUCUACGGUCUUGCACUUUGCCUUGUGUUUGUCAUUCCCGUCGGCAUCAUAAAGGCCAUGACUGGUAUCGAGGUCACUCUGACAGUCCUUGCCGAGUUUAUUGGAGGUUCUUUCGUUGAAGGCAAUGCUCUGGCCAUGAACUACUUCAAGUCUUUCGGCUACGUCACCUGCGCCCACGCUGUCAUGUUCUCAAACGAUCUCAAGCUCGCUCACUACGUCAAGAUUCCUCCUCGACACACCUUCUUCGCCCAGAUCAUCGCCACUUUCAUCAGCACCUUUGUCUGCGUUGGUGUCCUCAACUUCCAGAUGACCCAGAUCGAGGGAGUCUGCACUGAGGAUGCUCGAUGGAAGAUGACUUGCCCUAGUGUCAACACCUUCUUCACUGCUUCAGUUCUUUGGGGUACCGUUGGACCUAGCAAGAUCUUUGGAAAGAACGGUCUCUACACUGAGGUCUUGAUCGGUUUCCCUCUGGGUGUUGUGGUUGUUCUGGCUGUUUGGGCUAUCAACAAGAGGUUCCCCAACUGGACCUGGACAAGACAGAUUCACCCUGUUGCUAUCAUGUAUGGAGGUAUUGUUUGGGCACCCUAUAACAUGUCGUAUGUCUGGCCUUCGGUCCCCAUUGCGUACUUUUCCUGGAUUUAUCUCAAGUCGCGCUACCUCGGCUUGUGGUCUAAAUACAAUUUCGUGCUCUCUGCAGCCUGGUCCUGCGGUAUCGCCAUCGCAGCCAUCAUCAUCUUCUUCUCCCUCCAGCUCGAAGGCACCGAGUUCAACUGGUGGGGCAACACAGUUGGCUACGUGGGAUGCGAGGACGACGCCUGUCCUCUUCAACCCCUCGAGGGCACGGAUUACUUCGGCCCUCGGGAGGGUGAAUUCCACUAGCCGCCUUAACUAGGGCAUCACGAUGAGAUGAUUUGGCGCAAUGUGUAUGGAAUUUGAGCGUGCGUUUACUUGUAUUGGGACAUUUUUGAAUUACCUGGAAGAUUUAUAUACCCCGGUUGCAUUGACAUAGAAAUUGUCUGUUGGGACAGAUAUUGUAUAAAAAAGCCAAGAGGUUGUAGUCGAAGGACAAUUUGUUUGCAAAGUUUUGGUGUUUGGCAUGUGAUAUAGUGAAGCCGGGGAUUAGCAUGGUAUUAGUUGAAUCAGUUUGGACUCAUUUACAAGUAUAGUCAUGGGUGUUUACAAGCGAGCUGGAGUUGGUUCAAUGGGUAUCCUUCAUUAUUAUCUACAUAUUAACCAAAAACUCAGAAAUAAGACAUCAUCAUCAUUAUCCGUCAGGCUCAACACAACAUAAGAAAUCAC